AUGAACCCAUCAUGCAGCACAUCAUGGCACAAUCCCGCGCUUGGGCAGCCAUCUGGAGCCUGUCGGGAAGCAGAACUGACCAGACACUCAGACAUUCGAGGCUUGUUGGUAGGUGUGGGAGGGGCAAUGUGGGCGGGCAGGCGGCAAGACACUGAGACACCAGGCCAUUUUGCGACUCAAGACCCUGGUACAGAACAAAGUGGGAUUUCUUCAAUGCCUCACCACCGUUGGCUCGAGUUGCCUCCAUCACACCCAGCGUGGCAGCCCACCGGCUUAUAUGAAAUCUGCAUUCCCGUACUGCUUAUUUUUUACUGCGUUGCCUCUGCCAUGUUAUGGCAAUGGUUGGGACCGAUGGUGUCAAAUGCAGGCGGAUACAGCGGCAGGCCAGAGAGUAAGGAGGUCCUUCCCUGGACGGACCAGUCCAGAGACCCGUCAGUCGCCAACCCAGAGUUGUCGAUGGCUCCACGGAACUGCAAGGUCCCCUGGAGGAUUCUCACGUUCUGCUGCUACUGUAGCUCUAAAACGUGCGUCAAGUCAUCUCUAUCCCGUACUUCGGAGCUGGGUCUCGACGUCUCUAAAACACUGGCCCGGGCUAGUGCUGGGCUGUGGCCCGUUUGGGUCCUCUUGUUGUUCUCCGUUGCUGAUCCCAGCCACUCUGCAUCUGACCUUAGCUACCUAAGGCACGUUGGGAACUCUGGGUACUUGGCUUUACUAGUGUAG